GUCCGGUCUGGGUUAUUUUACGAAUUUGAAUCACCGUAGCUCUUAUCCGCAUUUAGUUAGCUAUCUAUAAAUAACCGUAACGCUGUAUUUAUGUUUACACAUCUUUAUGUUUACGCAUGCACAACGUUAGAGACGUUGAGACGUAAUUAGGUUUAGAUACUAAUGUUAGUUCAUUAUCGUUAGCUAAGUUAGUUCAUGUGACGAGACAUGAUUAACAUUACGCCGCUGAUAUUGGGGCUAACGUUAUGUUAGCAACCACAUUUAUCUAGCUAGAUAGAUAACUAUAACGUUAGAUGUCUAUCGUUAACGUAUUCAACAUAAUUUAGGGUAGACUAAUUUCGGUGAAUUAGCUGGAUCGCUUCCAAUAUAACAUACGACAAUGUGUGCCAAGGAGCACUCAUUUAGUGACCAAAACAUGUCAUUUCGUUUUCUCGUUCACGUCGCUGGCUAAUUAAAUUAGUAUGCUCAGAUCUUACGUUUGGUAGCGUAACCGCCGUAGCUCGAGUCAUAAUUGGCCAACUUCACUUUAAAUUGUUUUUUAUCCAUUUUGUUUACUUGGAUACGUUAGCUAAUACCCCAAACUACUUGUUUAGCCAACGCUUGCUACUCGUUUUAUGUGGACUUGUUGACUAGCCAGUUUACUAUAGCUAACGUAAAUGACACCCGCUUUACAGUGGCGGACUAAUUAGAGCAGGGAGCUUCAUUGUCCGCCAGCAAUUGUAGUGCAAUCAGGACAUAUCAUGCCUAACCCUCCGCAAAUGCCAAAGGAUUACAGCUCAGCUUUAGGCUAGCUGAUAAUAAGCAGCUGCAUUGCUAGCUAGUUAACCUGUCUAAAAAUACUGCUGAUGGCAGAACACUACGCUUCUCGGGGACUAUGGCGGCACACAAGUAACUGGCAAUACAGUACAAAUUAAAUGGAUAAACGGAACCGGCACUAGCUAAAAACCUUUUUGUUCUGUAAAAGUGUUAGGAAUGUUAGCUCAACAUUGUGGCAUCCUUGGUGGUGGAUAUGGCGCCAGGUAAUUAAGUUAACAUAGUAUCUGAGAAUGCAGAGGAAGGAUGUACAACCAAGCUAUGUUUUCUUCUGGCUAUGCGCUGAAGCUACCUACUAGGAGUGCCUACGAACAGUAUUCGAAGUUGGAUAACUUCACACACGAUAAACGUCUUACCUCAGCCAACCACGUCGUGAUCGGACAGGAAUGAGGGGUUUGGUGUGACUAAACUGAGGCCUGGUUCUGACCAUGGCCCAGAUGACUGAUAGAUCCUGUGGGUCUCUGCUCCUGGGGAGCCAGAAGGAUGUCUCCUUCCUGGACACUGAAGGAUGUUCUGACUGCCCAGAAGCUACAGCUGAUGAGGAAAUAACUGCACAAGGAUACAAUCCUGCAGCCAGGAUGGAGGUGUGGCCAGUGAACAAUUUGACUGAAUUGCAUGUGUCCAAGGAAGACCAGAAAAGAACAAAUCCUUUGCCUGAAGCGAUGUCUGAGGACAGAUCCGAUGUUCUCUGCAUGCAGAGUUCGUUCUCAAGGUCCCUGCAGAAGGCCGAGGCUCUGUUGCGGACUAGGCUGAACCCUGGGCUGCGCUGGCUUCUCAAGCAGAAGUCCGGUGACUGUGGUUCUGACCCAGAGAAUGAGGGCACAUUCGUGGCGUGUCAGAACCUGACCUCCCGCUCCUCACGCCGUCUGCAGCAGCUAGAGCAGUGCGUAUUUCGACUGAGCCUGCACUGGCAGGUGCUGCACACACCUGCCGGAAUGCAGUGCGGCUGUAUGGUUCCGUCCCCAGACAACUGUGAGUUCCAUCACCACCCAGCAGCAGUUACCUUCGGCCAGCACUACUCCCAGCUGCAGGACCUCCUGGAAGACAGGGCCCGGCUCCUUUUCCUCCACGAGUUUGCCCGUCGCUACCAGGCUGCCGCCGUAUUUGUUGCAAACCUGGCUGGCCUGUUGGAAUUGGAGCGGGAGUUACCAGAUGCUGGGGGGUUGCGCCAGUGUCCACCGCAGGGCUACAGCAUCAGGGGUCUGUGUGAAGAACUUCGGGUCCACUUGGGCCACUGGAGUCGCCUCCAUGCCAAGGCCCGGGCUGACUGCUGGCUGAGGCCUGCCUCCUUCUGGAUCUCCAGGACUCUGGCUGGGGCGCGGUGGAACCUGAUGCUUUUGGGGCUGCAGGCGCUGGCUCUGACAGAAGAGUACCUCCAGACAGCCCUAGCCGCCCUGUCGCAUGCCGGUCAAGAUGGGUUGUCUGCUGAAGUCAUGGAGGACACCCUGGCAGGGCUGGGGACCUUCAGCCACAUUUUGGCUGAGCAGGGUGUCCAGCUCCAGGCCAUGGCCCAAUGGGCUAGAGGCUGCCCUGCUCCAAUUACCGCCACCUCGCUGCUUUGCACCCUGGCAGUGAACAGGGGGCGGGCGGCUGCCGAGGCUCUCCAUCAGUGGGCAGCUGGUUGGAGCAGGACCCCCCCUGUGCUCUGCGCCUCCCCUCUGAGGCCGAGGUGGGAACAGUUUGAUUGGCCUUCUCUGUUGGCUCUGCCCACGGGAGCAACAAUUCUCCCCAAGGGCCCUUGUCCUGUGACAGCAUUUGUCAGACAGGACACAGAGUUCAUGGAGAGAAUUCACCAAGCCCUGCUGUCAUCCACCAACCUGCUGGUGCCACACGUCCCUAGCCAGCCUGUGCCAGACCGUCCCCACACGGCGGAUGGCUCCCCUGCACACCCCCCGCCAGGCAGUGGAGCCCACGUUGGGCAGGAAACCAAGAGGUGCAAGUCCGUCCAGUGGAGAGACUUGGGCAAGUCUGACGCUUGCGCUGCUCUGACGGUCGAUUACAGACGUGUUUUGUGGAAGGAGUUUGGCAGAGCCCUGCUCAUCCUGCUCUACUACCCCCCUCACAACUGCCUUCUGGGAAGUCUAAACCAGUGUACUGAUCAGACCGUUUUUCUGCUGGUCACAGAGCUCCGCAGUGCCUGCAGAAAAGUUUCCCUUCCUGUUGAAUAUGAAGGCUUGCUGAAUGAUCUCUGCACACAGAUUGUCUGCAAAACAGCAUUCAGUCACUGGGAUGAAGUUCUAUGCGUGUCUCUGGGGAUGGGAAUGAAGGAUAAAUGUCUUCCUGAUCCUGUGGGGGUAGACUCUGCAGUCAGGACACUCACCACUGAGCUCCUCCUCCAGCUCCUCCCCCCACUACACACCACCCUGAACUGCCUGGAGCACUCAGGGUGCAGCGCUGAGCCCUUGGACACAAGGACCCUACAUUCCCUCCAGGUGUCGCUGCUGAGUCGGGCCAUGGUCACUGUUCACAGCUCCACAUUCUGGGUUAUGAGCAAAGCCUAUCAGUUCCUCUGCUCCUGGGCCCUUAACAAGUUUCUGCUGGUCACUCUAGGAGACCUAAAGGUUCUGAAAGCAGCAAUGGAGAAUCUAGCAGUACGUGUGGAGGCACUUGUUCAAGACAGGGGCAGUGUGCUUUCCCCAACUGAGUGGCAGGCAUCCCAGCUCACCCAAGUAAAAGACCUACAGGUCUUCUCAGAGCUUGUCCUGAGGAUCUUCUCCAAGGAUUGUAAGAAGAUGGCUGUGGAAAUCUUUGAACAGACCAUGCCUUCAGGGAAGCACUGGAGAAUUACCUGUAAAGCAGAGUUACCAAGCAGCCCCAGUGACUAUGCAGCCUCAGCAGCCCAGUGUGUGAUUGGGCAGGUGCUAGAGGGGGUACAGCCUCUGCCGGAUGAGGCACGGAUCCCAGCCCUGACCGAGGCCAUGACUGCCUUCAUGGAAGCCUGGAUGGAGCACAUUCUCAAACAGAAGAUCAAAUUCAGCCUCCAGGGGGCACUGCAGCUGAAGCAGGACUUUGACCUGAUCCGGGACCUGAUCCGGUCCGAGGAGUAUCGACUGUCAGACGAAAUCCACCAGCGGCUGCUGUCUUUACACGUCUUUCACCAGGUGGACAGUGCCAUCGUGUGUCUGCUGCAGCAACCUGUUGCCAAACCUUACAUGCCAUCCCGUGGAUGGGACCCAUUCCACCGUUGCUGUCCAAACAGACGCUCGCUGGUGGACCCUGGGUCUGGCAGUCUGAACAGUCUUGAGAGUAUGGAUAUCCAGGCUGCGCGGAACCAGGCCCUGACUGAGGCAGAGGAAUCGCUGGCCCCCCGAGUGCUGGCUGCAUCAUCACCCGAGUCCUACCUGGCCAUCACCCAGCAAGAAUGGCUGGCACUUCGCAUCCAUAACGGCACGCGCUGGAAACUUCCAUGUCUGCGUUGCCUGAACUGGUCAGAACACUGACUCUGCUUCUCCUGAAUACAGACCCUAUAUUUGCUCCUCAUGAGAUCUUACCCUGGAUCAACCUCUUCCUGUGCAAUCACCCUGGAUCAACCAUUUAGUAAGAUUAAGUACCUCAUAUUACUGGGCAAUAUACCCAUGAGAAUGAACAUGUGGGGUAUGAUUCAAUACAGUACAAAUGAAACUAUUUUUUUCUUGUGAUGCAAUUAUGUAAAAUAUACAAAAUGUGAGAUUUUAUAUAUACUUUUUUUAAAUGGUGAGAUUGACCUGUUAUGUUAUGUUAUUGUGUGUAGCCAUCUGGAGAUGUAAAACUUUGGUAUAUUCUCUCCCAGUUUACUUAUUACGUAUCUCAGGAUGGGAAAGAGAGACUUCAAGAUACCCCAAAAUGGGUGGCGCUGUCAUGUUAUCCGUGAUUUGCUGAUUUUAACCAGUCGUGGUCUUUCCUAUCAAGAGCAAUCAAUCAAUUGGUCAAUACAUUCAACCAUGGACACGUCACAGCUCCACACUUUAAAUAGAUUGUUUUGUAAAAUGUGAAGUAUGUAGAUGCACUAGUAUUACCUGCAGCAUGUUUUAAAAAGUACUGUAGCAAUAUGAAGCAAAUAUAGAUGUACUUUUAUAAUGUAUAAAAAUUUUUAUAUUAAAUACUUAAAUAUCUACUUAAAUACUUUAUAUUAAAAAAGUAUUUACUUUUAUAUUAAAUACUACAGAAAUAUUUCCUUUUAUGGUGUGUUUUAAAGAAUGCUAUGAAUGGAAACAAACAGACCAUUUCGAAACAGGGUAAUUCUGUGAAAAAUCAACCAGA